UAAAAGCCACCACUCGUCUUGCUUUAAACUUCCCUCUCUCUCGCUUUUUCCUUUCGCUUUGCGUUUCAUUUACAGUCUCUGGCGUUUUACAGCGUCCUCCGCCAUCCCUAUCCAGUUUGGGUUUUCUCCAAGUGUUUUGGAUCACAAUGGAAUACGAGGGAACGAUCCAACAGGAUUCAAACACAAAAUAUGAAUGUCUUCUGUUUGAUCUAGAUGACACCCUCUAUCCUCUUAGUUCUGGUUUGGCAGUGGAAGUUACCAAGAACAUUCAAGAAUACAUGCUUAAGAAACUUGGCAUAGAGGAGGAGAAAGUCCCUGAACUUUGCGUUUCACUUUACAAGCAUUACGGUACAACAUUGGCUGGUCUGAAGGCAAUAGGCUUCAGCUUUGACCCUGAUGACUUCCACAGGGAAGUUCAUGGGAGGUUACCCUACACAAUGCUAAAGCCUGAUCCUGUGUUGAGAAGUCUUUUACUCAGCCUGCCUCAGAGGAGGAUUGUGUUUACAAAUGCAGACAAGGCUCAUGCAGCAAAAGUGCUUGGUGGGCUUGGAUUAGAGGACUGCUUUGAAGGAGUUAUAUGCUUUGAGACUCUAAAUCCCUCCAACAAAGACAAUAUUGUUUCAAGCUUUGACAACAGCAAUUAUGAUAAUGGUAACUAUCACAAGAGCCCUAAUGCACAACUGCCCAAAACUCCAGUUAUCUGCAAACCUUUUGAAGAAGCAUUCCAACAAGUCUUCAAGCUUGCCAAUAUUAGCCCUCAAAAAACAUUGUUUUUCGAUGAUAGUCUCCGCAAUUUACAGACUGGCAAACUCAUGGGUCUUCACACUGUGUGGGUAGGCAAUUCUCACAGAGCUGAAGGUGUGGAUUUUGCCUUAGAACACAUUCACAAUAUCCGGGAAGCGCUUCCUGCGGUCUUUGAAGCAACUGAGAAGGCUGAAGAGAUCAGAUAUUCGGGAAAGAUUUCUAUUGAAACUACAGUUAGAGCUUGAUUCGUUAGUCCUCUGACAAGAAGAAUAUUAGGUUUUCUGGUGUUUCAGAAAAAGAUAACCUUCUAUUCUUGAGACAAUGUAAUCAUAAUUUGGGACUGUUUCUCAGUUUGUAGUCAAUAAUAAAACAUCUUCUUGCUCAAGCAAAUGUUGCCUUCUGA